AUGGAGCAAACUACAGCAAGAUUGCGCAAGACGUUUCAGUAUCCUACGGAUAACGACUCCGAGGAUUCUUCGCCGGGAGCUUUAGAUGAAGAAGAGCAAGAAAAUUUAAUCCGAACACUCGAGCAGGAGAAUACGGCUAGAAAUAAGCAGUUCGCAACUGCUCUCCUCGCUCUUCCGCUCUUGAGCAUAAUACCCUAUAUCACGACGCUCGUGAACGGACACACAACCCUCCUGUCAAUCCUCAGCAUCACAUCUCUUCUCUCGACCGCAUGCCUGCUCUAUAUCCUGCCUCCAGGCCGAACCGCUAUCUCGUACUUAGACGCGUUAAACAACUCUCCCUCCAAAGACAAGCCGAUCCCACGUCAGUUCUCACGGAACUUGAGUCACGAGGGGCCAAUAAAGCAGUACUUGCCGUAUCUGAAUUUGGGUCUAUGUUGUAUGCUUGUACUGUUGGGAAUGGUGGUUGGUAGGAAGACCGAGUUGUGGUGGGGAUUUGGCUGGUUGCCUGCGGGCGUUUACACCGUUGUGUUGCUGGCGAAGUGGUUGAUGGGAAGUGUGGACCCGGAAGGGGAGUUAGGGGGAUUGAGGUAUGGUUUUAAGGGAGCAUGA